AUGAAUUCAGCCAAGAAAACCAAUGACAAACACGUUGACCCUUCAACCAAACCUGAUCCUUCAAUCAAACCAGAUCCUCCAGCCAAUCCAGACCCUCCAAUUGAACCAGAUCCUAUGACCAAUCCAAAUCCUCCAAUCGAACAAGAUCCUCCAAUGGAACCUGAUCCUCCAAUCAAUGCAAAUCCUUCAUUUGAAAAAGAUCCUCAUACCAAUCCUGAUCCUCUAAUCAAACGAGAUCCUUCAACCAAUCCAGAUCCUUCAACCGCACCUGAUCUUCCAAUCAAACCGGGUCUACCUACCAAUCCAGAUCCUCCAAUGGAACCUGAUUCUCAUAGCAAUCCAAUUCCUCCCAUCGAACCAGAUCCUCCAACCAAAUCAAAUCCUUCAACCAUACCUUAUCCUCCAAUCAAACCAGAUUCUCCUACCAAUCCAUAUCCUCCGACCAGUCCGGGUCCUUCUAUCAAACCAGAUUCUUCUCACAAUCCAGAUCCUUUAACUGAACCAGAUCCUCCAAUUGAACCAGAUCCUCCUGCCAAUCCAGAUCCUCCAAACGAACCAAGUCCUCCACCCAAGCCUGAUCCUCCAGCUGACCCACAUCCGGUUCAACCUCAAACCUCGAGGAAGAAAAUCAUCCUCUUCAAGAAUGAACUUGUCUCCCGCGCCACGAAAUCAAUCUCAGCUACCAGGGUUGACGAACUCCUCCGUAAAAAGAACUGA